ACAAAUUGGAAUUAUCAGCUCUCUCCGUGCUUCUUGGCGAUCAUCCGUUGAUUUCAUUCAAUCUUCCUUCGUCAAAGGCUUUUAGCUUUCCCUCUGCUGUGAUUCUGUACAAUCUCAUCCCCGUCCCCAAGCGCGCAAUCCGCCAUGUCUCCCGUUCCGCUGAAGGCGGUGACUCUCACGCACGUCCGGUACCGGAAGGGCGAUCAACUGGGGCAUUUCCUGGCCUGGAUCUCGCUGGUCCCCGUCUUCAUCAGCCUCGGCGGCUUCGUCUCCCACAUCGUCUUCCGCCGCGAGCUCCAGGGCAUCUUCUUCGCGUUCGGAUUGCUCAUUUCGCAAUUCGUUAACGAGAUCAUCAAGAAAUCGGUCCAGCAGGCCCGACCCGACACCUGCGCCCUCCUCGAGAUGUGCGAUUCCCACGGAUGGCCCUCCAGCCACUCCCAGUACAUGUUCUUCUUCGCCGUUUACCUAACCCUACUCACCCGCCGGAGGCUAGGUUCCCUGUUUCGGUACCAAAUGUGGGUCGUCCUUUUCCUGAUCUGGCCGUUAUCGCUUCUCACUCUCUAUUCCAGGGUGUAUCUAGGUUAUCACACGGUGGCGCAGGUGUUUGCCGGGGCGGCUCUUGGGGCCGUGCUCGGCGGCGCCUGGUUUUGGGUGGUCAAUUCUCAAAUCAAAUGCCAUUUUCCGGCUAUGGAAGAGAGCACAUUUGGGAGGUUCUUUUAUGUGAAGGACACCUCGGAUAUCCCCAACGUAUUGAAAUUCGAAUACGAGAAUGCGAGAGCUGCUAGGAAGCAUGUCUCCUACAAGCGCUCUGACUGAUUCAUGAUUCUGAUUAUUAUAUUUCAGGUUCGAAUAUACAAAACAAUCCAUUGUGACACACAAGAAGAAGAGAUGAAGGAAAGAAUUUUCCUCACGUUCACACACGUAUUUUAUGGCUUGUUCGACUCAUAUUCAUGUAGUUUUACCUAUUUUGGUAUGGCCAUAUAUUGAUUUUGUUGAGAAAAACUUUAGAUAAGAGGAACAAUCCCUUCAACAUUUUAGUUAAUUGUACGUUAGUUCUUUCUAAUAUACUCCCUCCGUCCCAAAACUUUCUCCUUUCUUUUUUCAUCCGUCCCACAAAACACUUCUCAUUUCUAUUAAAAAGUUACUUUUACC